GGAUGUCAUAUGUUGUUGCCACAGAACUGGUGUCAUGUGACUGAAGUGUUCGUUGUGUCGUUAGCGGAGUGGAGCUUGCCCAAGCUUCAGGCGAGAAUGGGAUUUCUCUUUUAGUUUUUAGUAAAGAUCACCUGUUUUGUUUUCCUCAUCUGAAGGACCGGUUACACCGUUGAGUGGUGUUGAGAGUCUUGGCAAAGCGCCGAGGAGACUCGCCAAGGACACCAUGGGUUGCUGUUACAGCAGCGACGAGCCGACGGAGCAGGACAGUGAUGAACGGAAGCCUCUGAUCCCACACCCCAACCCCGACAAACCGGCCAAUGGGACGGAGCGAAGUCCUGCAGCCCCUCCCUCCACACGCCCUGAUGAGCAGGCCCUGCUCAACACUAUCCUCCAUAGAACAGCACAGAGCAUCAUUGAUGUGUCAGCUGCAGACUCGCAAGGCAUGGAGCAGCAUGAAUACAUGGACAAAGCACGGCAGUACAGCACUAAGUUGGCCGUACUGAGCUCCACCCUCAGUCAGAAGAAGCCGCCGCCCCUCCCCUCACUCACGAGCCAGCCUCACCAAGUGCUCGCAUCCGACCUGAUCCCUACAUCAGACCUCCACCAGGUGUUGAAGAUCGCUGCCUAUGCCUCCAGCGCCAUCUCCCAGAUCAAGGUGGACGCCAAGGAGGAGCUGGUGGUGCAGUUUGCCGUGCCAUAACUCCUCCCACUUACCCCCCCAACGCCAUAACUCCUCCCACUUACCCCCACCCAACCAUAACCCCUCCCACUCCCCCCCCCCAACCCAACUCCUCCCACUUACCACCUAACUCCUCCCACUUACCCCCCCAACCCAACCCAACCCAGUGUCCCAGCUAGAGGGGGUCCACUCUUAACCAUCAUCCUCUCUCUCACACACUCACACACUCACACACACACACACUCAAUCAGACUCAAUCA